GCUCUGUAACCCCCAUUAGUAGGAGUCUUAACUUAUACAAGGUAUUUCUAUAUGCAAUGUGUGAAAGUGAAAAUCGAUAAGCAAAGGCUUGCUAACAUAGAGGAAGAGCUGUCAUCACCAGACGAAAGGGAAGGAAGUCUCAGUGACAAGCUGGUGAAAGAAUGGUUGUCUCAAGGACUCCCGCGCCUGACUCCGCCGGUCAGAUGAUGGUCUGGCUGUUCCCACUUGUCUUCUGCCUUGGCUCAGGGAAUGAAGUUCCACAAAGCAGUCAAAGCCCAAGGGUGGUGAAUGGUGUUCUAGGAGAGUCAGCAACUCUUCUUCUGGAGCUUCCUGCAGGAAAGGAGGCCAGUCUCAUCAUCUGGCAUCACAAAGGAGAAGCAUCACAAGACACUACGAUCCUUAUCGUCCAGCUCAAUAAGUCUAAAACUCCACGAAUCAUCGAAUCUGAUCCAAAGAGGGGAGAGCGACUGAGCAUCAUCCAGUCCUACUCCCUGCAAGUCAACAACCUCACAAUGGCAGAUGCAGGACUGUACAGAGCACAGAUAACCACAAAAGACCCUACACCGGACUUCUCUAUUUAUAAACUGAGGGUCUUUGAACGACUGAGCAACUUGGAAAUUACCAAUCAUACUCGCCUAUUUGAGAAUGGGACCUGCGAGAUCCACCUGACCUGUAUUGCGGAGAAUCCAAAUCAAACAGUCUCAGUUGGGUGGAGGACCUCAGGAAGCAUCUCUUUAGGGGAACCAAAUCUCACUGUCUCCUGGGACCCGAAGAAUUCCAAUGACCAGAGUUACACCUGCCAAGCUGAGAAUGCUGUCAGCAAUCUGUCUGUCUCUGUCUCUGCCCAGAGUCUUUGUAAAGGUGUUUUACCUGAGAAAAAUCUACAGUGGCAUCAAACAUUUAUAAUUAUUGGUACCUUGCUGGCUAUAGUCGUUGUGUGCCUAGUCAUAUGUCUUUGGAAGAAAAGAACAGGUUCUCUUUUUUUGGCUAGCCAACAUCCAGAUUCCUCCCAGAACACAGAUACUCCAGGCUCUCCAGGGAGCAACACUGUGUAUGCACAGGUCACUCAUCCAGUGCAGGAAAUGGAAAUCCCAAAAUCUAUAAAAAAUGAUUCUAUGACAAUUUACUCCAUAGUUAAUCAUUCCAGAGAGCCCAUUGCUCCCAGGAUCAAUACUCUUAAGGACAUCAAGUAAGUUGGUGGAGGACUUUAAAGGAAUUCAGAAAGAACACAUCUACUGACCCCUCGGAAGUGAACAGAGAAGCCUGGUUUUCUACUGGCAAUGAAAUCUGGAUAUCCAGGGUUAUCAUGUCAAACUUGAUCCUGCAUGCAUGGGUCAGAUGCUUGACGAGUAGCAAGGUCUCCAAUGUGGAACCCCAAAACUGCUUUCCAGUCCACUCCAGGACAAAUCCUGCUUUGGAUAACACACCUACAUGUUGUUUUCUCUUUGGUAACUAAACAGAGUUUUGACCAACAGAUUAUAAUUCUGCAGGUAACGAUGUCUCUCCUUCUAGAAGGCAAGUGAGAUGUAAUUGGUUGGAGAGAGAAUGUGACUUUUGGGUUAAGUAUGUGGUGUCUGGUGUUGGAUGGGCCCACACUCUACAAAUCAUUGACUAGACAGGUCUCCUGGGAUGUUUCCUAUUGUUAUUGGCACUUGAAUCUCAUAGCCAAAAAUAAUAACAGGAUAGCAAGGAAUUGAUGUCAUCCCUGAUUGCAGCCUCUCUAUCACCAAGCCCUUCAGCCUCUACUUCCAAAAUAUAUUAAACAUUAUCUAUCUCUUUCCAACUUGUAGACCAUGGCUCUAGGUGCAACCCUCCCCAUCUGGAACCUGAAUACUCCAACAACCUCUAAACAUCUCUUCUAGUUUUUCUCUUGUCUCCCUGAAGCCCACCACCCAAAAGACCACCAGCAAAAUAUCCCUAGUAUAGAUCAGCCCUUUCUCUCACCUGCUCAUAACCGUACAGACUCCUCAUUGCAUUCCGUGUGAAAGCCAGUCUCCAUGGCCCAGGAUGGUCUGACAGACAGUUCCCCAGACUCUGCUAGCAUCACUCUCUCCAUUCUCUAUUUGGCCUCUGUGAUCCCUCAGUUCCUCUAUGAGAGAAGAACAAUCUCCAUAUUACAGUUAUUUACAUCUGCCUCAAGGCCCUUCCUGUCCCUGUAGGUUCCUCCUAUCUUCAGAAGCUAAAGUGUUUAAGUAGAUAUCUAAAGAUAGGUGGUGGCGCACACCUUUAAUCCCAGCACUCAGGAGGAAGAGGAAGUCGGAUCUCUGUGAGUUCCAGACCAGCCUGGUCUACAGAGCGAGUUCCAGGACAGCCUCCAAAGCCACAGAGAAACCCUUUCUCAAAAAAACAAAACAAAACAAAAAAAAAAAACACUUUAGCUUCUGAAGAGAUCUUCCCAGAGCACUCUACCUGAAGUAGGUUUCUUUAUCAUUCUCUUAAACCUUUCAUACUGUUUAUCAUGUCAUUGAAUAUUUAUUUUUAUUUUUAAUAUCUGUUUCCCUCAUUAGAACAUAAAUUAGUGGGAUCAGAGACAAUAAUUAUUUUAUUGAUAGUACAUUGUGUUAAUUAAUUACACUGUGUUAAUUAAUACCUAGCACAUUAUAAGUGUUACAGCAAUAUUUUAAUAAAUGAAUGCAUAUGUAAUGGGUUUGUGUGGAAAUUAAAUAAGAUAAUACAGUUGGCUCUGAAACUGUGGGUCAACUUCUCUGUAUUCUAUCAACUACAAACUGAA